AUGAAGAUGGCUCAUUCAAGUUUUAGUACUGUCGAUGAAUAUGGCUUCGAACGACACGAUGAUUUUGAUUACGAAAGUUAUGAAGACUUUAUGUCGCACUAUUUAAAAGUAUUGGCUUCAAGAGCGCAAAAAUGGUCAACAUUACUUGGGGAAGGAAAGUCGGUCAAACGUACAAAUACUGUUAAAAGAUAUGUUCGCAAAGGAAUUCCAAGUGACCAUCGACCAUCAGUAUGGAUGGCGAUAUCGGAAGCAGAAAAAAUGAAAGAAUCAACACCAGAUUUAUACCAAAAGAUUUUAGAUGGCCCGUUUGAAAAGGAGCUUGUUGAUCUUGUAAAGACCGACCUUCCACGUACAUUCCCUGAUAACAUUUAUUUCUCUAAAGAGGCUAACCACCAAACGCAUCUCUUCCAUGUUUUAAUAGCCUAUGCUCAUAAUAACAGAGUUGUCGGCUAUUGUCAAGGCCUGAACUACAUAGCAGGUUUACUGCUACUUGCCACGAAAAGUGAGGAAACCUCAUUUUGGUUACUCAAAGUUCUGGUAGAAAAGAUUCUUCCCGACUACUACACUAAGACUAUGGACGGUCUCAUUGUGGAUAUUGAAGUUUUAUCCGAACUCGUCAAAUCCAAAGUACCUGAUGUACAUCAACAUGUAAUCAACUUAGGUUUACCUUGGGCGGUGAUAACCACAAAGUGGUUUGUAUGCCUGUUUGCUGAAGUUCUGCCCAUAGAGACAGUUUUGAGAAUAUGGGAUUGCCUUUUUUACGAGGGCUCCAAAAUACUGUUCCGAGUCUGUCUGACGCUCAUAAGGAAUAACAGAGCGUCCAUACUGGCCUGUAAUGAUUUCACUUCCUUGGCUGAAUGUUUCAAAGCUAUCGUGAAGAAUGCGAGUGCAUUACACUGCCAUGAAUUCAUGCAAUCCAUUUUUAAAGUGCCGGGCACUCUUUCAAACUCGACCAUAUUAAAGUUAAGAGCCCGCUUCGCCAAGCAACGCCGGGAGCAGCAACAGAAGGAACACCGAUGA